AUGCUCGACAUAAACGAUUUCAUCAAGGAGCGCGGCGGUCACCCAGAGAAAAUUCGCGAGUCACAAAAAAAGCGAUGCGCGCCCGUAGAGAUUGUUGACGAGAUCAUUGCCGACUUCGAAGGCAAGAAGAACUGGAAGUUGGCAUACAUAGCGAUUUUGACUUACACCAUGUAUAGACCACCGUCGCACACAAUACGAUGCAACACAAAUACAUUUGAGACACAAACUAACAUUCUGCACCUUUCAGAGAAGAAGAACAAGGAAGAUGCAACCGAGCUGCUUGAGGAGAAGAAGAGACUCGAGGCGGAGAAGAAGGAAAAGGACGCCGAAGCCGCCGAGAAACUGGCCAAACUGCACGCAAAGGCAAAGAGCGUCGGCAACUACGUGUACAAGGACGUCCCAGUGAGCGACAACGAGGAUAACAACGCGGUUCAGAAAACAUGGGCACCGGAGGGACGGAAAGCCGAGUUCAAGGCAGACGGCAUACCACAUCAUGGUGUGUUGGCUCGACUAAACGGUUACGACCCGGAGCGAGGCACAAAGAUUGUAGGGCAUCGUGGAUACUGUCUGACUGGGUAUGGUGUCUUCCUCAACCAGGCACUUAUCAACUACGGAUUGGAGUUUUUGUUCAGCAAAGGUUUUACCCCUAACCAGCCUCCCUUCUUCAUGCUCCGAGAUCAAAUGGCCAAGACUGCGCAACUGUCGGACUUUGAUGAGGAACUAUACAAGGUUACUGAGAGCAAGGACAAGCCUGAGACCGACAAGUACCUCAUUGCUACGUCAGAGCAACCCAUAUCGGCUCUCCAUUCGGAGGAGUGGCUGCACAGCGAUCAGUUACCGAUCAAGUACGCUGGUUACUCGACCAAUUUCCGGAAAGAAGCUGGUUCGCACGGCAAGGACGCGUGGGGUAUCUUCCGUAUACACCAGUUCGAAAAGGUGGAGCAAUUCCUCCUCACACACCCUGAGAAGUCAUGGGAGGCUUUUGACGAGAUGCUUGCCAACUCAGAAGAGUUUUACCAGAGUCUCGGGCUGCCUUACCAGGUCGUUGCCAUUGUUUCGGGAGCAUUGAACAACGCUGCCUCGAUGAAGCGCGAUCUAGAGGCAUGGUUCCCUGUCACAGGUGGAGGAGAGUACAAGGAGCUCGUAUCCAUCUCCAACUGCACGGACUACCAGACACGCGAGCUGGAAAUCAGACAUGGUAUUAAGAAGCUCAACGCUACACGUAAGGAGUACGUCCACGCCCUCAACGGAACUCUCUGCGCCACUGAGCGAACUCUCUGCUGCAUCCUUGAAAACUACCAGACACCUGAAGGUUUCACCGUUCCUGAAGUCCUGCGCAAGUACAUCCCUGGUCAACCCGAGUUCCUUCCUUUCGUCAAGGAGUGGAAAGCUCCCAAGGAUGACAAGCCCCUCCCCGACCGGACAAAGUAGAUCUGUGUUGUGGCUGGUGAAGGUUGUACGAAGCUGCAAACAUUCAUGAAAAGAGAAGGGAUGACACGUUUGGGUAGCAGCGAGUUGGAGUUCUCAUCGAGUUCGUCUGGAGAUGGUGACUAGGUUAUGGAGAUAUGCUUGUAUCAUAAUCUGUAGCCUAGAAGAGACAUAUAUGUUACUCAACGCAGUGAAAAGUAGAUAGCCUGGACUGAAUACCAUCAAUAUAGGCUAUAAGCCAAG